AUGGUGCUCUUCAGCUCAUCCGCGCCCAAGGCGGCCCCCGCCGCCGUCGGGAUGGACCCCGAGGUCACGCGGCGCAUGUCCAUCGCCGACGUCGACGCCGCCGGCCUGGCCACCGAGGCCGCCAACGCGACCGAGGCCGAGCUCGGCAUGGGCCUCAUGCAGUCCAUCCGGCUGUACCCCAAGGCCGUCUUCUGGUCGCUCUUCUUCAGCACCGCCGUCAUCAUGGAGGGCUUCGACAAGACGCUCAUCGGCAACCUCUACGCCUACGACGUCUUCCAGCGCAAGUUCGGCGAGCGCCAGCCCAACGGCUCCUACGAGCUGACGGCCGCCUGGCAGGCCGGCCUCAGCAACGGCGCCCUCGUCGGCGAGAUCACCGGCCUGUUCCUCAACGGCAUCAUCGCCGAGCGCUUCGGCUACCGCAAGACCAUGAUCGGCGGCCUCGUCGCCGUCACGGCCUUCGUCUUCAUCAUCUUCUUCUCCGAGUCGCUCGUCCAGCUCCUCAUCGGAGAGAUCCUCAUCGGCAUUCCCUGGGGCAUCUUCCAGACCUUGACCGUCACCUACGCCUCCGAGGUCUGUCCCACCCAUCUGCGGGCGUACCUUACAACCUACGUCAACCUCUGCUGGGUCAUGGGCCAGCUCAUCGCCAGCGGCGUUCUCCGGGCAAUGAUUCAGCGCACCGACGAAUGGGGCUACAAGAUCCCCUUCGCGCUGCAAUGGAUGUGGCCCGUCCCCCUCAUCAUCGGCAUCUUCUUCGCCCCCGAGUCCCCGUGGUGGCUCGUCCGCAAGGAGCGCCUCGAGGACGCCAAGGCCUCCCUCCUCCGGCUGACGAGCCGCAACCAGCAGCAGCAGGGCUUCAACCCGGACGAGACGGUCUCGAUGAUGGUCCACACCAACGAGCUCGAGAAGGCGGCCCAGAGCGGCACGACGUACGCCGACUGCUUCAAGGGCAUCGACCUGCGCCGCACCGAGAUCGUCUGCUGUGUCUGGGCUAUCCAGACGCUCUGCGGUUCGACCUUUAUGGGGUACUCGACCUACUUCUACCAGCAGGCCGGCAUGGCCAAGGAGAACUCGUUCAGCAUGUCGCUGGGCCAGUACGCCAUCGGCGCCAUCGGCACCGUCUUCUCAUGGUUCCUAAUGCAGCACUUUGGUCGGCGGACGCUCUACCUCACGGGCCAGGCCAUCAUGUGCGCCGUCCUCGCCACCAUCGGCUUCGUCUCCUUCGCCGGCAGGGACAACGUCGCCGCGCAGUGGGCCAUCGGCAGCCUGCUGCUCGUCUACACCUUCUUUUACGACUGCACCGUCGGCCCCGUGUGCUACUCGCUCGUCUCGGAGCUCAGCUCGACACGGCUCCGGACCAAGACGGUGGUGCUGGCGCGCAACCUGUACAACAUCACGGGCAUCGUCACCAACAUCCUGACGCCGCUGAUGCUCAACCCAUCGGCGUGGAACUGGGGUGCCAAGAGCGGCCUCUUCUGGGCCGUCAGCUGCUUCAUCUGCUUUGUCUGGACCUGGUUCCGCCUGCCGGAGCCCAGGGGCCGCACCUACGGCGAGCUCGAGGUCCUUUUCGAGCAGCACCUGCCGGCGAGGAAGUUCCGCAAGACGGAAGUCGCCGGGUUGACGCGAGGAGCGCAUCACGACGACAAGUUGUCGGAGAAGGAAGCCGAGGCCGGUGUCAGUGAGAUUGAGAAGACGGCGUCAUCAUAG